AGCAUAGUGUGCCAAACUACGGAAAAUAUCUAAUUACCGUGUUUUUCUCUAAAAGUGAGUUUGGGCAGUGUCCUACGACUAAAACCAUAGAAUAACAAUGUCCUGUAGCAAAAUUUACCACAAUUUGAUCAUACCUUGCAAAAAAAAUUUAAUCACGUAACUAAGGCGAGGUUUUGACCCUAUAAUCAUAUAGUAGUAAGUAAAAUGUGUCAAAUUGAAUUUUAGUUUUUUUUUAACGGAGGGAGUACACACCUUUGUGACACUGACAUGCGAGAGGGCUCAGCUCAUGCGCGUGACCUUCGCUAUUUCUCGUGCGCGGCGGUAGAGCUGCGUUCGUGUCCACUCUCCACUCUCCUUCUCUAUGUUCCGCCUCCCGCCGCUCCACCGCGCCGCCGCCGUCUUCCUCCGCCUCCGCCUCGCCUCUCCCCGCGCAACCUUCUCCUCCAAACCCGCCAAUCCCCGCACCAGCAGCGUUGCCUCCGCCGCCGCCCCCGCCGCCGCCGCGGUCUCAGAUGCGAUCGUUCGCCUCGUCGCGGCCGGCGGCAGGAGCCUCGAGGCCGACCUUGACCGCCUCGACCCCGCCCUCUCCCACCCCAUCGUGUCGGCCACCCUCCGCGCGCUCACCGACCGCGGCCUCCCCGCGGCCCGCUUCUUCGACUGGCUCGCGCUCCGCAGGGGCUUCUCCCCGAGCGCCCACGCCCACAACCUGCUCGUCGAGAAUGCCGGCAGCCUCGCGGACUAUCGGGCCAUGUCCCGCGCCAUGGAGAGCAUGUCUACGCGGCGGGUUCCCCUGACCGAACGGGCGUUCGCCUUCUUGAACACGUCCCAGGGCAGCGCCAGGGAUACGGCGAUAGCGAUUCUAGCGACGCUGGAUGAAGUCGGGGGCCCUUGCCGUGCGUCCGGCGUGUUCUCGCUCGUCAAGGCGCUAGCUUCGAUCGGUGAGUUCGACGCGGCGAUGUCUGUGAUCCAGGAGACGGCGAGGGGGGCACGUUACUACAACGCCCUCAUCGCCGUGAAGUGCAAAACUGGGGACUUCCAUGGCGCCCGCGAGGUGUUCGACGAAAUGAGGAGGUCGGGCUUCGGCCCGAAUUCUAACUCCUGGAACUACCUCCUCGGGUGCCUGCUGAAGAACGGCAGGGUUGCAGAAGCUUGUGAGCUUGUUGAGGCCAUGGAGAGGUCUGAACACAACGACAUCCCGAACUCGCUGACCUACGAGAUUCUAGCAUACCAUGCGUGCAAAGCGGGGAGGAUGGAUUCAGCCAUGCGGAUUCUUGAUCAGAUGUUCUUGGAGAAAUUGACACCGAGGAUUACGAUUCACACAGCCUUCAUCAAGGGGUACUUAUACGCUGGAAGAAUAGAUGAUGCUUGCAGAUAUGUCAGUGCUAUGAGCACCAGGGACAGGCGCUCAGUGAACAGGAACUACAGCCUGCUAGCCAAGCUACUGUGUAAGGCAGGGAUGAUCGUUGAUGCAGGAAGAAUUCUGUAUGAAUUGAUGGAGAAGGAGGCACUCUUGCCUGACCAUUCUGCUUACAUUAGAGUGAUCAAAGAUUUGCACAAGAUUGGCAAGGGAGAUCUGGCUGCUGAAUUGAACUUGAUUUUGCAGAAGCUCAGUGUACAUGCAGAAUCAGCGGGAUGAAAUUUCAAGUAGUCUUGGAGCAAGUGAUGAGUCUUGUCUUGCGUCAUUUCUGUCCUCUCUCUAUGAUGUGGAUGUCAGAAGGACUUGAUGUAAAUCAGAGUCACCUGGCUGAUAAAGAGGAGAGCAGACAUGAAUCAUGCACAAAUGGUGCAAGCUGUUGUCAUGUAGAGAGAGGACCAUGUGAUUUCCUGCAGAAAAAAAAAGACAGUCACUAGGCAAAGCCAAACAAUCGUACCACUGGAUUGCCACAUUGCUUCCUUGGAUUUUAACUCCAGUUUCGGUAGUUUUUUCCUACUGAAGGUAGACAGAAUUUGGUACUUCUAUGUGCAAAUUCUUUGAUAGGGACAUUACUUAUCUACAGGAUUGCAGUACAAAUGAAGAUGAGUGGAACAAGUACUUGAAUAUGCAAAUUCUUUGAUAGGAAAAUUACUUGUGUUCCAUACUGCCAUUACAUUCAGCCUGUAGAUGGUUAAGGACAGGUGAACAUUUGUGUGACACUGUUUUCCUUUUCCAUCACUGAUUAGAAUAGUGAAUCUGUGUUGAAGUGUAAUGUGGUAGGAAAUCACAUUCACAGGCGAAAUUUCUGCUCGAAAAAUAAUUCACAAGGAGGCACUCUUGCCUGACCAUUCUGCUUACACUAGAGUUAUCAAAGAUUUGCACAAGAUUGGCAAGGGCGAUCUGGAUGCUGAAUUGAAGUUGAUUUUUCAGAAGCUCACUGUACAUGCAGAAUCAGCACAAUGAAUCUUGUCUUGAUGUCCUCUCCCUGAGAUGUUCUGUGAUGUAGAUGUCAAGAGGUCUUGCCGUAAAUCAGUCACCUGGCUGUUAUAGAGAAGAGGGCAGACAUGAUCAGGAACAAAUGGUGAUAUGAAAAUCACCAUCGCCAGGCAAAGCCAGACAUUCAUACCACUGGAUUGACUUAGGGUGUGUUUGGUUCUCUGCAUCGCACCUGGCUCGCAUCCACGGGUGCAGGCCUUUGGUGUUUGGUUGCCUGCACGGCCACCCGAGCCUGGCUCCACGCGUGCAAAUCGGGCUUCCGAGCCAGGUCCGAGAGAAACGGUCGAUCUGAGCUUCGCUCCUCAUCCGGGCUGAGCGCGUGCAGGCGGGGGACGCGUGGGUGCAAGCUCGGGGACGCGCAGGUGCAGGAGGCGAGAGGGGUUCCAGCUUCUGCUCACCUUCCCAUCUCAUUUGUCGCUCGGUGCCUCCCGUCUCCAUCGCCGCACCGUCGCCGUCAUCUCCAUCAUCGUGCCAUAUUCGACAAAGCCAUCGAAGCUUCCUCAACCAGAACCGCUAGAGCCCCUCCCCUCGAAGCCGCCGCCGCCGCCAAAUCCAGCCCCGCUUGAAGCCGUCGAAGUCGAAUCCGGCUCCUACCAAAGAUGCCACUUGCUCUUCUUCAUCCGAAUCCAGAUGUGACGACGAGAGAGGGUUGUCACUGCUGACGCCCGGAUCUUCCUCCUAGUCGCCGCUGUCACCGCCACCAUCGCCACCGCCUUCGUCUAUAGCUGCUGCAUCGGGCCCUCUUCCUCUCCCUUCUUCCGUCAGAUCCAGAGCCCAGGAGCUCGAUCUGGUGGCCUCAGGCUUCUGGUUGCCGGAUCCGGACGUACUGAUGGCGGCGAAAAUCGUCAGGAUCCCGCUAUUGCCGGAUCUACGCCCUGCCACCGCGGCGUAGUUGGCUGUCUCGGCGACGAGGCCACAGUCACCUGCCUUCUUUUUCCUUUUAUUUAUUUGCUGUUUUUUCUCACCACUUGGAUGAAUUAAUUGAACAUAACAAAGUUGAUGCAAUACUGUAGCACCCGAUGUGGUUCAUAUACUAUUUUAUUCGUCAGUGUAAGAAAUCCAAUGACUUGAUUUUAUAUACAGUGAUACACUGACUAA